CGCUGGGAGCCAUCAACUUCCUGCGGCCGCAGCGCGGAAGGGAAGCGGCGGCCGAGGGAUGGCUCUGUCCGGCAGCACCUAGCGGGAGGUCCGAGCUGCUGCCCAGGCUUCCCUGGCAUGAUGCCGUCCCGUACCAACCUCUCUGCUGGGAUUCCCAGCAGCAAAGUCAAGUACUCCAAGCUCUCCAGCACUGAUGAUGGCUACAUUGACCUGCAGUUCAAGAAGAGCCCUCCAAAGAUCCCCUACAAGGCCAUUGCCCUGGCUAUUGUGCUCUUCAUGAUCGGGACCUUCCUCAUCAUCAUCGGCGCCCUGCUCCUGGCAGGAUACAUUAGCAAAGGUGGCUCAGACCGUGCCAUCCCCGUGCUCAUCAUUGGCAUCCUGGUGUUCCUGCCAGGCUUCUACCACCUGCGCAUUGCCUACUACGCCUCCAAGGGCUACCGCGGCUACUCCUACGACGACAUCCCCGACUUUGAUGACUGAACCCUGGCAUUAGUGGUGUAAUUGGCUGGGUGGUAAGAGCUGUUAGUCACCCUGCCUAGGCCAGAGGGGACCUGUACCAUUGUAGGUGAAGUUUCUCAGUCACAGGACCAGGUUUGAGGUGUUGCAGGCUUUUCGCUUGGGGGCUUGAAUCUGGCACCGGGCAAAGGGCAGCGUGGACGGGGAAGGAGUUGGGGGUUGGUUGUGGUUUUCCUCUUGUGGUUCCAUAAUGCUUGUAUGAAGUUCUUCUUGGGCAAGACAAUUGUAAGCAGUUAUCCCCCAAUAAGCUGAAGCAAAGCAGCACAGAGACCUCUUCCCUACCUGUUUGUGGAGCUGAGGUUCGGUCUCGGUGAGGUGGUUGUUAUUGUUGGCUUCACCUUUGCAGACCGAUGCCACAGCUCAGCUCUCCUUCUGCUCCAUGUCACAAAUGCUUCUGAGCUCCUUGUCCUCUGCUUCUCUGGACCAACACAAGUCAGAUGCCUGCAAGAGGAAGGGGAAAACUGCACUUGCAUGAGAUUUCCACCUCGUGCAUUGGCACAGCUCCUCAGGCCAGGCUGACCAAGACAUUCCCUCAGCAAACAGCCCCUGGAGGCCUCCUCCCAUGCCACUAACUCUGGGCAACAUCUACUGAUGCUUCUAAAGGGCUGGUGUUGGAUUUUGGCUUCUUGAUGUAAAGGAACCAAGUGGAAAUAGGGAGAAAAAUUGGAAUCUGGACCAGGACUUGAGUGUCCAAAUCCCAAAUCUCUUGGCUUUGGCCAGUGUGGAGGCCCUUGAAUUCCAGCUGUCCUUUUGUCCCUGCCUGUGCAGAACUCCCCAGCCCAGCAGAGAGGAGCUCUCUGUGUGGCUGGUCCUGAAC